CAGAAGAAACGGAAAAAAACGGAGAGAGCUGGAGCAGGAGAGAAAAAAAACGGGAAGAACAAGAGGAGAUCCCCAGAGAGCAAACCGAGCUGAGCUCACAUGCCUGUGGCCAAUUAAACGUCAAGCCUAUUGUCGUAAUACCACGCGCGCACACACUGAGUGGUCAGUGAAGAGGGGCUGGAUGAAUAAUGCACCAAAGGGUGGGUGUGGAGCGCUUAUGAGGGUGUGCGUAAGCGUGCGUGUAAGCGUGUGUGUAAGAGCGUAUGAGGGAUCCCUCCCCCGCUUCACUAUGAGGUCAGCAGGACAACGGUGGUUUUUGGAGAGAACACGGAAAGCUGGGUGAAGGAGAAGAGAGAGCUGUGGCAGAGCAGGAAGAGGAGGAGAGGGCGAGACAGACUGAGCGAGAGAGGGAGAGAGAGAGAAAGAGAGAGGGAGAGAGAGCGAGAGAGAGAGAGAGAGGGAGCUGGAGGAAUAAUAUGCUGAGCAGGGAGUGAGGGCUGCAGUGAUGACGGCUAUGCUGAGUCCUAAGAUCAAGCAGACCAGGAGAGCCAGGUCAAAGAGCAUGGUGAUGGGCGAGGUUAGCCAUGGCUCGGGUGGUUCGACAUCUCCAGCCCUUCAUGAGGGAGUGCUGAAGGCAGGCUGGCUCAAGAAGCAGAGAAGCAUCAUGAAGAACUGGCAGCUGCGCUGGUUCGUGCUGCGCUCGGAUUAUCUCUACUUCUACAAGGACGAGGAGGAAACAAAGCCUCAGGGAUGCAUCUCACUGAAGGGAAGCCAAGUGAAUGAGCUUACAGCUAAUCCUGAGGAAGCAGGCCGAUAUCUAUUUGAGAUUGUCCCAGGUGCAGCUGGUGAAAAAGACAAGACCCCUGUGAGCCAUGAGACCUUUUUGCUCAUGGCUAACUCCCAGAAUGAUGUGGACGACUGGGUGAAGGCGAUCAGGCGAGUCAUAUGGGCUCCUUUAGGAGGAGGAAUUUUUGGACAAGGCCUGGAGGACACAGUCCAGUACGAAAAAAAAUUUGGCGUUCGACUUGCCCCACUUUUAGUCGAGCAGUGUGUGAAUUUUAUUAGAGAGCGAGGACUCGAUGAGGAGGGUCUCUUCAGGAUGCCAGGUCAGGCCAACCUGGUCAAAGAGCUUCAGGAUGCUUUUGACUGUGGAGAGAAACCUCAGUUUGACAGUAACACUGAUGUCCACACUGUGGCUUCCCUGCUGAAGCUCUACCUCAGAGAGCUGCCUGAGCCAGUCAUCCCCUUCUGCAAGUAUGACGGUUUUCUUACUUGUGCUCAGCUUCUGGCCAAAGAUGAAGAGGAGGGACUACAAGAAUUAGGGCAGCAAGUGAAGACUCUUCCCUCUGCUAACUACAACCUCCUUAAAUAUAUUUGCAAGUUCCUUGAUGAAGUACAGUCACACGCGGGUGAAAACAAAAUGAGUGUACAGAACUUGGCCACUGUGUUUGGACCAAACAUUCUUCGUCCUAAAAUGGAGGACCCAGUAGCUAUCAUGGAAGGAACCUCCUUGGUCCAGCAUCUCAUGACUGUACUUAUCAGCAAACAUGAUCAGCUGUAUCCUGAUCAGGAGCUUGAAGCUCCUGAAGUCUCCAUGGAGGUGAGACCUCAGUGCCAGCACCACCAGCAGUCCAACCUUGUUGGCUGGAUCUCUGAGGAAGAUCUCCAAAGCCUGACACCUCCUGGGAAGAACCCCAACACUAGUGACAACCCCAGCAGCAGUAGUACCUCAUCCCUGGAUGGUAUUCCAGCAGGUCCAUCUCCUAAAUCAGUCUCUCAAGGAAAAGCUGAGACAGCAAUCAGUCCAAGCAAGCAAGCCAAAACAUUACCUUCCUGGAAAUAUACUUUCAAAGGUUCCUCACCACGACAACAACCUGCCAAAACUGCUGGUCCAUCAGCAGAUGUGAGCAAUGUCUCCAGUGGGAACUGGCUCAUGAACGGACUCUCAUCAUUGAGAGGGCACCGUCGUACUUCCACAGGUGAACGUGCAAAGGAUUCUGGGUCGUCCCAAAGACUGUCAACCUAUGACAACGUCACAUACUCAUCAAGCCCUGGAAGUGUUCCCAGUGUAGACAGCUCUCAGUGGUCCACCUUAUCUUGCGAGAUCUCAGUGUCGGGAAGUGACAACGUAGAGGCAGACAACAGGACAGAGUCAGAUGAAAAUUCUGUUGAUCCAGAACCGACAAUGGAUGAAGUAAACGACAUAGAGCAAGAGGAUGCUAGUGGCAAUAUGGUGUCAACCUGCAGCAGUGACACCAAUAUAAAUAAUGUAGUGCCAGUCAUCACAGUCAUGGCCGAGGACAAUGAUGAAAGCUCCUCAUCAUUGGUCAGUGUGGUAGCAGCACUGAAAGAGGAACUGCAGAGUCAGAAACUGGUUUAUGAAACCAGAAUCAACAAGCUGGAAGAGUCAAGUGCACUGCUCCACGUCCAGAUGGAAAGAUUAGAGCAUGACAUGGAACAGGAAAGAAAGAAACAAAGAAUGCUAGAAAUCAAACUGAGGAACUCUGAAAGGGCCCGGGAGGAUGCCGAAAAUCGUAAUCGACUCCUGGAAAAAGAAAUGGAGGACUUCUUUUCUACACUUGGGGAUCUGGCUCUUGGAACAAGAACAAGUGACAUUUAGUUUCUGUGUGUUUAGGGCAUGAUGGAAAUGAUCCACAAACCAGUCUGUGGUAACUGUGGGCAGUACUGUCUCUGCAUUUCCUCAGGUCUCCCUGGAAGUGUGUGGACUGAAAUUCCAUGUUUAUUCCAUGACUAUUUCUCUAACCUCAUGUUACAUGAUUGUCUUGACCAGGACCUAAAGGACGACAGAAUAUGUAAGGAUGGACACAAGGCCUUACUCACCAAGGUCUACAACAUAUCACUGUGGAUGUUAGGGUAGCCAGUUCCUACCAGUAAUGUUAGGCUAUUUAGCCAGUUGUUUACACUUACAGCUGUUUUGUCUGGCUCUUAGUCCAGGUAAAGAGACAGUUCACCAACUAAUGCAACAUCAUCAUUCAUAACCAAAGCCUAUAUAAAUUGCAGGCAUUAUUUGGUUUGGGAACAUAAAGUGUGACCUCUACCCUGGAAGAAAAAAAGUAAGAAUUGUAAUGACAGUGCCUUUGUGGAGAUUUUGUGUUGGAAAACUAUCACCUGGUUUGCUUGACUAGAAUAGUUCCCAGUUUUGGAAUUAAUAUUGGAAACAUUUCAUGUGGUGUAUUAUUAUAUAUUAAAAGGAAAGGACUUGUGAGAGUUAAAGUCAAUGUAAAACACAUCUUACAUGGGAAAUAUGGGUUAUUCUCAGAUUUUAUGAGAUAUUUAAGAAAGUGAUUAGAGGUUAAUAUAAUGUUAUAAGAAUGUGUUCACUGUGUUGGUUGAUUGAUUUAGAAUUUUGAAUUUAUUUUAUAGUGUGCAAAAUCAUUACAGGGCUGCGCUGUGUAUAUUUCAUGUUGGAUGUGUUCAAAUCAGGCACUGAAGUAAUAAUAUUUGAGUAACACCUAUGAAAGUUGUUACAUCCCUUUAUGUUAUACCUUCAUAUAAAGGAGCGGUCAGUGUUUAUAAAUCUAUUGUAUUACAACUGGAAGUGAUAAAUAUGUCACACGGCCAUAUGUGCAAUGGAUGUUUUGUUGCUUCGCAUCCAGUAUUUCUAAUACUUCUAUUAUCUGUUGACCAAAUUACAGAAUGUUCCUCUGGCUUCAGUAGUUUCUUACACUAAAGUCUUUUUCUGGAUAUACUCCGAACAAUUUUUUAUUUUUUAUUUAUUUUAAUUUUUUUUAAAAUGACUGUCGAGCAUAUUAGGAUGUCAUACACAAUCCAUCUCAAUGUGCUUAAGUGUUAUUCAUAUUUUUGAAUCGCUGACCAGUUAAUGUGGUGCUAUGUAUCUGUACACAAAUAUGUGCAAU